AUGGCAGCUUCACAGGAGUUUCCUGCCAGUUUCUAUGGAGAACCUGGAGUGUUAGGCAUGUUAUCAAAUGGGAUCAGUGCAUUCCUCGUUCUUCUACUUAACUUCAACACAGCUCGUACUGGCAGCCAGCCAGUUGGGGUGGAAAAUAUACUAGCAGGUGUUCAUCUCAUCCUGAUUGGUGGGAUAUGCCAGCUGGUGGCUGGAUUGCUWUCCUUUCGAAAGUACGAUCACCUGAGUGGCACAGCCUUCAUUGGCUAUGCUGCUCUUUGGGGUAGUUACGCUGAGUCAGCAAUCGCUGGCCUGGUCCCUUAUAUCCUCCUGUCAUUUCUACUUGCGUUUUGCUCGGCCACAGUCAACUACAUCAUGCCUUUUGUUUUUGGAGCCAUCACAGRCACUUUAAUUUUUGAAGCAGUAGCUCUGGUGGCACYCUCCUGGGCUCUGGUGGUCUCUGGGGUUCUGGAGUUGCUAAUUUUGCUCUUUGCCAUCUAUGGUUCAGCUGCUCUGCUCAUCAAAGGUCUGACUCAGCGUCAUGUCCUUAAAGGCUUUGGGACUCCGCUCUUUAAUGUCCUCCUGCUUGGGACUGCCAACGCAGGAAAAGCCCAGAGCGUUGGCCAAGAGAAGAAGAAGAACACAAAAUAUGCCGAGCCCAUGGCCUUAGGUUUCUUCUGUGACUCCAUUGCUCCUUUCAUCUUUGCUUUCUACAGCUUUGGGUACAUGAAAUCCUUUGGUUUAGGAGUUACUUGGGUAUCAAUCAUCUCAGUUGCCCAGUUGUUCUCCAGCUACUACGCCCACUUGCGCCAAGAUUGCUACCACACUACAAAGUUUGGAUUUCAUGCCACGUAUUGGCUGAUCAAAGCUUGGGAUGAYRUUGUGGCAUCUGCUCUGAUAGUGYAGCAUGAUCUGGUUGWUUCUGGAAGGAAAGAAAUGGUGGGUGAUUGGUUCUUUGUGGUGGCAGGCUUAGUGCUGUUUAUAGGAAGCCUGAACAUGGACGUCCUGGAAGUGAUUCACAACUUMCUGUUCAUCCUUCUCACAGUUUCAACAAUUCCCCAGAUCCCCCUGCAAGGUUACUACAUAUUUUUUGGUGUAGCCUGUUCUCUCUUCACUGCAGUCUCUGUUUACGGCACCUUCUCACGUCUCAUUAACACCAUAGCAGAAAAAGUCCUCAUACCUGUAGGACCUCAGCCAGUUUCCUCUGAGCAGAUGAAGAAUGCACUGAAGUGUGGAAGGUCUACACAGGAAGCACUGCCCCAAACUGACCAGACCUCAGAUGCUCUGUUUUACCUUCUAAAUGGGGUUGCAGCUCUUUCAGCUCUCCAUUCAAGUGUGUCGAGUAUGAAUCCUUCCUUCCUUCAUCUGACUGUUCCUUGGGUCCUGAUCUCUGGAGCGAUUGUCCAGGUCUACAUCAGCAGGCUCCAAGUCACAGGAGGUGGCCGCUUUGGAUCAGUCAUCUCCUCCCUCUAUGUGGUUGUGUGGGCCACUUGGACGUGGUUUCGGUUUGCAGGUGACCAGCUUCAGCUUCCUACUGAGGCAAAUUAUGGUUUUACAGCGGGAGCCAUCGCUUUCUUGGUCAUCAAUGCCUUUCUCAUGUUAAUUGCUGCUUAUAGGAAUCUGGUUCUACUCUUUCUAACCACAAUCAUGGAGAUUGUUCUUGUUUGCUUCCUUCUCUCCACCCUGCAUAGACUGCCAUACCAACUUGAAAUGGCUAUGCUUGCACUGGUUUCUAUUAUUUGUAUGUAUGGCAUUCUGGCUUCACUGGUGAAUGGCAUUUUCUCACAGAGAGUGCUACCAAUGGGUCCAUCAAUAAUAAAGGAAAAGGUAAAGAAGGAAACGUCUGAUGAACCUCUCUGUCCGGUUGCUAGCUCUCGUCUCACCAGUGGUCUCCGGAAGAUCGCUCACCUUCUCGAGGUGGGGGGAGUAUGUGGGAUACCUACAGAUACUGUUUAUGCUCUGGCUGCUUCCUGCAAGAAUCCCCAGGCGAUAGAGAAAAUCUACAACAUUAAAGACAGACCAGCAGAGAAGCCUAUAUGCAUUUGCAUUUCCAGCGUGGAACAGCUGGUCGCAGCAAAUCCUCCCUUCAGCCCUCUGCUGUGGGAGUUCAUGAGGAAUGUGUAUCCUGGAGGCAUCAGCUGCAUCGUCAGCAAAGGAGACUGGCUCUUCCAGCUUGGUGUAGGACCAGCUAUUGAUCGUGUCGGUACCAGAGACAGCAUCAUGAUCCGUGUCCCUGACCACACGGUGACCUGUCACUUAUGUGACAUCACCGGACCUCUGGCGAUCACAUCGGCCAAUCCCAGCGGAGAAUCAGACAGCACCCACCACAGCAUGGUCAUCAAUCGUCUGGGCCACAAGAUCCAAGGAGUUCUCUGUGAUGGUGACUCAAAUGAAAGUGUUGCUUCGACUGUGGUCAACUGCCUACGGAUUGAUGAAGGGACCAUCACCAUCGUCAGGGAAGGUUGUGUUCCUGCAGCAAAAGUGCACCAGAUCUUUGACAGAGUGAAAAGCACUCUGCUGUGAUUGUAACCUGCUUUUCUUUUUGGAAGGGGUCCAAACAAAUCUUCAACUUGAAUUAUUUUAGUUUCUGGUUUUCCUCUGGGGAAUGCUGAGCUGUUUACACUGAAACUUUGCUGUGCUCCACUUACAAGGUGUUCUUGUGAUUGUUAAUAUUUGUACAAAAAUAUGUAUAAUAAAUAUAAUAAUGAUGAAUGAAACAUUUUUAUCUGGUUUGAAUUGAAUUUAAUUUUAUUUUGUUUUAUUUUAUUUUAUUAGAUAUAAGUAAUUCAGGUUUCAGGUCUGCUUCUGUUCCCUUGAUGUUAAUUAGGGCAUCUAUUUUUGUAACGAAACUCACCUGCAUGAUUUACAGCGCACUGAAGUUUUAUUGUGAGUGAAACUGUCCCAAAAAUGUUAUGGUGUAUUAAAAAUUUGAAGUGUCUCUUUUUUCUAUACAAAGACCAAAUUUAAAAUACCUGUACUGCUCUCAGCUGUUGCUUUGUAAAUAAAU